ACAACCUGUUCCUCCUUCUUAUGGUACAGGCACAAUUUCGUGCAAUUUGCAGGUGGUAAUUUCAAUCGCAACUACUAUUGAAGUGCGAUGCAGGCACUUGGUAAAUGUUGAUCUCCCAGCCGGUGGCCAUGCAACCAACUUAUACGCCAGUGAGCGAGAACCAUGCCCUCUUCUUGAUCAACGCUCUUGCGAACACUUCUAUGCACGACCUUCUCAAAACAUACCUUGCGUGAGGUGACAUUUCCCUUUAUUUCUCUUGUUUCUCCCAUCAAUUGAUAUAUAAAUACGAGGAUAUCGCGUCAUUGCGGUUGAACGCCUUCACUCACGGUUCGGGAGGUCGGCGACAACGUGUUCCAACCCAGCAUUUAUCUAUGUCCUGUAAAAUCAGCCAGCCCAAUCGGUAUCAUUGGUACAGAUCAACAUGGACAAGACCGUCUAUCUACCCGAUCUGGAGGCCGGCUGUCUAUGGCCUCGUCGACUCAACAUCCACAUGGCCGAGAUCAAACAGGAAUGCCUCGAGUGGGUGCUAGUUUCGAGGCUUUCACCCCGCAAGCACAACAGGCCUUCGACAAAUGUAACUUCAGUAAAUUUGCUGGCGGUCUCAUGUGCCCACGAUUGACCAGAGAGCAACUGAGGUGCGCGUGUGAAGUUAUGAACCUCUUCUUCAUCUUUGACGAGCAUUCCGAUCGAUCCGAACCGGCCGAUGUAUGGAAUCAAGUCGACAUCCUGAUGGAUGCUCUGCGCAAUCCCGAAACACCUCGACCGGCCGGAGAAUAGGUCGGUGAGAUUGCGCGACAGUUUUGGAUCCGAGCGACUACUAUCUCAACGAAUUCAUUCCAGCGGCGGUUCCUUGCAAGCUGGGAACACUACCUGAAGGGAACCGCACAACAAGCGGAAGAUAGGUCGUGCUCACACAUCUGUACCGUCUCCAGCUAUCUCAAGGUUCGGCGGCAAACCAUCGGAGUGAUGCCCUCUCUAGCCUUCUUCCAGAUAGAAAUGGAC